CUCCAAAAUAAAAUGGAAAAAAGCGCGUUUUUCGAAUACUCGAGCAAAGCUCCAGCGGCUUAGGGCACACCAAAGCACCGAGCGAUAGAUGUCGGAGCGGCGGAGGGAGAGGGAAAAGCUUCGCGACCGCGAGAGGGACCGGGACCGAGAACGAGAUCGAGAGCGGGACCGUGACCGUGACCGUGAUCGAGACCGCGAACGCGACCGCGAGCGAGAUCGAGAUCGAGAUCGAGAUCGAGAUCGAGAUCGCGUGCGGAACAGAGACCGGGACCGGAAGCGCUCUCGAUCCAGGUCCCCCUCCAGGUCGCGUUCCCGGUCUACUGAGCGCCAUCGCCACCGCAACAGUCACAACAGGCGCUCCCGGUCCCCUUCCUCCGACGCUCACCGCCGGAAACGUCGUCGGGAGGACAGCGAUGGCGAACGCGACCGCCAUCGCUCCUCCUCCACAGUUCCCGCUAGCGGUGGAUCCAAGGAACAAAAGAAGCAGGUCGGAGACGCUCCUGGGGGUGCAGAGGCUCUUGCCACUACAACUGACAUAGACCCGGAUGAGUUGGAGAUGAUGAACAUGAUGGGGAUCCCAACGGGGUUCGAUUCCACCAAAGGGAAGCCGGUUUCAGGGAACGACGUCAGUGGGGUGAAAGCGGUGACAAAGAGACAGCCAAGGCAGUACAUGAAUAGGAGGGGAGGGUUCAACCGUCCGUUGCCCCAAGAACGCAACCGCUAGGACCUUAUCUCGGGAUGGAAGGUUAAGGACUCCAAAUCGGCGCCUACUGAUUUGGACAAGCUGUGAAUCUCAUGAAUUCAGUCCAGGAAAGUGGCCAGUCAUCGUAGGGCAAGGAUUUUCUGCUUUGAUGUAACACAUUUAAGACUUAGUUUUUAUUUGUUAAACAUCUUCAUGGAACUAGGAUAAGCAGCACUACGUGUUUCAUCACAGAUUUGCUCCUGUACUGAAACCAUUGGUUAUGAUGCAGUUUCUUCAUAUACA